ACAAUCACAAUUCACGGUUCUCACCCCCAUCCUUUGAGAAUUGAUCCAUCUCCAAUGGCCAUUACCAGUUCUUCAGAUCAGUGGUCAUCAGCAGCAGCAGCUUGGAUAAACAAUUGCAGAAGAGAACAGCAGUCCUACUACUGCUACAAGCCGUCGUGGUCGACUACUAGUAUCUUCACCACCACCACCACCACCACCAGCAGUUCAUCUUCUAAUUCAGCAUGCAAAAGCAGGUUUCUCUCCUCCAAAUCUCGACUACUACUUGUCACGGCCGCCAAAUCAUCAUCCUCCUCCUCCUCCUGUCCAUCCCCAAAAAUCUUGGAAAUUAAUCCACCACCACCACCAGCAUCAUUCAGCAGCAGUAGUACCAAUCAUCCAUCCCUCAUCGAAUUAUCAGACCCAAAAGAUGAGUAUGGCCAUCAUUUCAGAACAAUACCCGAAAAAGAAUAUUCUGAUGAUAACUUGAACGCUCUCAUAUGCACUUUAUCUAAAGAUCCCCAAACCCAACAACUCGCCUACCAAUACUACCAGCAAGCAAAGCAGAAGCUGCCCAACUUUACACCUCACAAAUCAACCUUCAAUCAUCUCAUCAGGUAUCUCAUAACAUCAAAGGAUUGGAGUUCAAUUUUGUCAUUGUCCCAGGAUUUUAACCACUUCAAUUUAUUUCCAGAUAGUUCAACCUGUUGUAGAUUAGUCAGUAGCUGCAUUAGAGCUAGAAAAUUCAAACUUGUAAAUACCCUACUCCGAGUCUUUGAAUCUCGUCGUCAUGCCCAGGACCAAAAUAUUGCUGUUUUAGCCGCCUUUGAUUCCGCCAUGAGAGGCUACAAUAAGCUUCACAUGUAUAGCAGUACGGUUGUAGUCUAUGAAAGCAUGAGAUCUGCUGGAAUUUUGAUGGACCCUGCCUGUUAUUGUCGAAUUAUGGAAGCUUACAUGAAAAUUGGCAACAGUGACAGAGUUCUCCAUCUGUUUCAAGAAUUUCAAACUAGUUGUAGGACGACGACCACAGUAAGAGGUUCAACCACCACUACUACCAUUCCAUUUUAUACUCAACUUUCUUACAGAAUUCUAUGCCAGUCAUUAGGCAAAUCCGGGCGUGCUUUUGAAGCUCUUGAAUUCUUCAGAGAAAUGACAGACAAGGGUAUUACAGCUGCAGAGGAUCAUUUGAUUUACUCUUCACUCAUCUGUUCAUUUACAAGCAUUCGACAAGUACAAGUAGCCGAACAGCUUUUCAAAGAAGCAGAGAGCAAGAAAAUGUUGAGGGAUCCAGCUGUGUUUCUCAAACUCGUACUGAUGUAUAUUGAACAAGGGAUGAUGGAAAAAACUCUUGAAGUUGUUGCUGCUAUGAAACGUGUCAAAAUUAGAGUUUCCGAUUGCAUUUUCUGUGCCAUUGUCAACGGCUUCUCCAAGAGGAGAGGGCUUAAAGCUGCAGCACAAGUUUAUGAGGAGCUCAUCUUGCAGGGCUGCCAACCGGGUCAAGUGUCCUAUGCUUCCAUCAUAAAUAUCUAUUGCCAGCUUGGGCUCAAUUUCAGAGCAGAGACAGUGUUCUCUGAGAUGAUGCAGAAAGGGUUUGAUAAAUGUGUAGUGGCUUACUCUAGCAUGGUUGCCAUGUAUGGAAAAACAAGUAGGCUGAGAGAUGCAAUGAGACUUGUGGCUAAAAUGAAACAAAAAGGGUGUGAGCCAAAUGUGUGGAUUUAUAAUUCUCUCUUGGACAUGCAUGGAAGGGUCUUGAACCUGAGGCAGGUGGAUAAGAUAUGGAAGGAGAUGAAGCGAAGAAAGGUGGUACCUGACAAGGUUAGUUAUACUAGCAUCAUAAGUGCCUAUAGUAAAGCGAGGGAGUUUGAGAGCUGUAUAAAAUUUUAUCAUGAAUUUAGGAUUAAUGGGGGAGUGAUUGAUAGAGCAAUGGCAGGUAUAAUGGUUGGUGUUUUCUCGAAGAUGAGUCGGAUCGAUGAAUUGGUUAAACUCUUGCAGGAUAUGAAAUCAGAAGGAACUAGUUUAGAUGGGAGGCUUUAUAGCUCAGCCUUGAAUGCGCUGAGGGAUGCCGGGCUUCAAAUGGAAGAAAAAUGGUUGCAUGAAAGCUUUGAAGCUACAUAAGCUACAUACAUGCUUGACUGUUGAUGGAAAGCUGAAAGAGUAUUCUAUAAUACAAAGUGAUGGAAGAUUCUUUGAGUUGAGAGGAAACAUUUCUGAAGAGAUUUCCUGUGCUAAAUCAUGCUCAAUGUCCAUGUGAUUAUUCAUUAAUUGUAUGGUAUUCCUAUUUCAUUAGCAACGAAAAUAGAGAAUUCAGAAGUUUGGUAUUGUUUUAAAAUGCCACACAGUGGAGGUCUUGACUGCAGGGUAGUUGCAAAACCCACAUAUUUCUGGAAACUCCAAUUUCCCAUGAAGCUACAUGGGAAUCUCCAUGUUGGUGCAUGAAAGAGGUACUCUAGCAAGUUCAAAUGCAAGCUUAUUGAGGUAGACAGAAAUAUUCUAUACCAUUUAUUUUAUUUUUUUAUUUAUUCCCUACAUCUUUCACCACGUUUUUUUUUGCAAUCACAUCCCACACAUGAUCACGAGUAGCUGCCUCAGAUGUUCCAGUUUCAUUUAGCGUUGCACAGACUUCUCAAGCUCAGACUAAGAGGGGAGAUAAUUCGAAAACACAAAUCCUCUCACAUUUUGCAAGAAGCGAGUUCAUUUCAACAGAACUAAGUAUGUCUCCUUCAUUGUUAGACGGAAUAUUUCUAGUUUUAGUUCUA